AGAUGAGCAGCCAGCCUCAAAUCGAACAGACGCCUAUUUUAAAUACGUAGUCACAUCUCGUUUUCAAUAAAUUAAUUAACGUGAACUUAGAAAAUUAUACUGAAUUAAAUAAAGUACAAUUUAUUACUACUUCGGCUUGGUCAUUCCUAAAUACAUCCUACUUUGCAACUGUUGACGGUGGCCCAUUACAAUUUUGGCGCUGUGGACAGGGUAAUCUCAAGGGAUACUUAGAAGAUUACGAGGACAAAUACAAAUUUCUCCAUCUUCCCAAGUCAACCAAAGGAGGAAAUCUAUCACUGGAUCACCGUUGGGAGCCUCAUCAUCUUCCAACAACUCUGAUACAUACCUUCACAAAGUAACUAUCCACAAUCAACAAGUCGAGAUAGAUGUACCUGCCGUGCCAGCCGCGUUGUUCGACUGAAAACGAACCUUUUAUUAGUUUUGCGUAAAACUAAAGAAAAUUUGAUAAGGAUUUGCUGAUUGGCUGCUAUUAGUUGUAAUUUUAAACACUAUAACAUCAUACAACUUAGUCGAAAAGGACUUGUAAACAAAAAUGUAUCAUAAAUAUUAAUACUCCACAUGGCCAUGACUUAUAAUCAUUGUAUUAUUAUUUUAUUAGAGUUAAUUUUCAUUUUAAAUUAUUGCUCUCUUGUUAAAUCCCAAUGUGGAACUGAUCUGGAGGUUGAUGGUCUUAGAAACUAUAUAAUUACAGUUGAAACUGGCUUGACUGCAUUAGCUGCCGCAUCUGCAGUUCCUGGUGCAGGUGUAAUACCUACAGUAUCCAGUAUUACUCUUGCUACAGAAGCUGGGGGGAUCACUUACUAUCGACUUGAUAAAAUGGAAAAUUCUUUGGAAGUUGGCUGGAAUCGUGGUAGAUAUGACACCUGUAUGAAAAUAAUUAAAGAAGCGAAAUUAUUUAAUUCAGUUUUACGUGGAUUUGGAUUGGGUGUCGGUGGGGUUACUAUGAUUCCCGUCAUUGGGGCGCUUUUUGUGCCUGUGAAAAUCGGUAUAGGUGUUACUGCCACUGCAACCAUUGCAUCUGAAUUGAGCAAAUGGAAGAAGGAGGGAUGUGUUCAAUCAACAAAACCUUGCGAUUAACUUCGUGAAAGUCCCAGUUUUAUUAAAAUUAAAUAUUAGGAGUAAAAUUAUGUUCACUCUUCUGUUCCGAAUAAUUUCUCUUGCAUUUAGAAAUUACAUUAUUAGUCAGUAAAAUAAUAUCUUGUGUGUGUUUUCUUAACGUCUUUCACACACUCGUAUAGUAUGACGUUAGGCCGUAUUUAUCAACCGACCUUAAUUUUUUAUUAAAAUCAAAUUAUAUUUCUAUACAUUUUUUUUAUUAAUAUCCUAUUAUUUCCAUACAUAAAAAAAAA